AUGACUAAUAGUAGUCAUCAUCAUGAUCAUCAACGGUUGUAUAAUACAUCCGUGACAAGUACUGAUCCACAUCAACAUGGAUCAUUAAAAGUUUUAAAAAAUGAAUUAUCAGAUUUAAUUAAAGAUCCGCCGGAAGGAUUUAUCGUUGAACCGGAUCAAAAUGAUUUUUUUACUUGGAAUGUAGGUAUUUUCGGUGCACCAAAUACACUCUUUGCUGGUGGUUAUUAUAAAGCUCUACUAAAAUUUCCAGUCGAUUAUCCUUAUCGACCACCAAAAUUAAAAUUUCUUUCUGACAUGUGGCAUCCAAAUGUUUAUACUGAUGGACAAAUAUGUAUAUCAAUUCUUCAUGAACCAGGCGAAGAUGAACGUAGUGGAGAACAAGCAUGUGAACGAUGGAGUGUUGUACAAAAUGUUCGAUCUAUUCUAUUAAGUAUUAUUUCAAUGCUUAAUGAACCUAAUAUAUCUUCACCAGCGAAUAUUGAUGCUAGUAUUGAUUAUCGAAAAUAUAAAGAUGAUCCAAUUAAUAAUCGAACAUAUAAAGAAAAACUCGAUCGUUUAAUUGAAAAGAGUAAAGCAAUUGCUAAAUUAGAAGGUAUUGAAAUUCCUCAAACAGUAGAAGAAUAUACAAAACGAUUUGAUAAAAAAUUAUCAUUAAAAACAAAUGAUGAUGUACAAGAUUAUUUAAAUGAUGAUGAUGAUGAUGAUGACGAUGAUGAUGAACAAUCUGAAGAUAAUUAUUCUCAAUCUUCUCGUAUAAAAUUAAUAACAAAUUCUGAUAUUAAACUUGCUAUAAAAUCAACAAUUAAAUCUAACAAUAAUAAUAAUAGUAGUGGUGAUUAUAAUGAUCAUUUAUAUACAAAAUGGUAA